GACUGCGUCAUCAACGACGAGGGAAUUUGACAUUUGGCUCAUCCACGCGCUGAUAGAGUGGCGACUGUGUGCAUAGAGAGAUCCAGAGACCAGUAGGAUUGCUCGUAGGGAUCGAUAUAUAUUCGUUUGGUGAUUGAUCCAUACCAAUGUCCACCACCAACGACAACCCAACCUUUCCCGUCCUCGUCAUUGGGACUCUCGCGAUUGGAGGCGCGGCUCUGGCGUUAUAUUUCUGGCUCAUCAAGAAAGCUGCAUCGGAGCAAGAUCUUGAUCGCGUUGAAACGAUGGAGGAGCUGAUCAAGGCGGAAUCAAGAACAGAGAGGAAAUCUGAGGGGAAAAAGGGGAAAAAGGGAAAGAAGAAGCACAAGCACGUAACGAAACCCGUGGCUGUUCCCACCCAUGCUGUCCCAGUACCCACCGUCUCUGACAAAACAGAGGAACAAGAGCAAGAAGAGGAAGAAAUAUUGGCCCCCGAGGAGGAUAAUAUUGAAGAUCUGUUGCAUCUAAGUCGACUGGCCAAGCCCAAGCAAGGACAUAAAAAACCCACCGAGCCUCCUGUUCUGCCCCGCAAGGCGAAACGCAAGCCCGUCAAAGUGAUGAGGGAAGAACUGGCGGAAAAUCAUCGGGAUACGAACGUGAACGAACAGAGUGUUGAUAGCGUGACGGAUGAACACAUCGCUUCCGUCGUGCAUUUUGCUGAUGCAACCGUUGAGAUUGGCAUUCCGUCUCAAGAGGCUCUGUUGGAGGGUGACCUGGAACCAAUAGCGUUAGUCAUUGACGAAACCGCAGACUUGGCCGCGAUUCCUGUCUCAGUUCUCAAAAAAGAAGGUGAACAGGAUCAUCCCAGAGUGACAGAGUUUCAGAAAGAACUAGCGUCGGUUCGGAACCAAGUAGCAGAAUCCGCGUCGAUAAUACAAAAUCUCGAAUCUCUGCUUUCCCAGAAAUCGCACUUAUUCCAAGAGAUGCAGUCAGAGAGCCAACGACUUGCAGCAGAGAAUGAACGUCUCAUCUCGGAAAUCAGCGACGUCCGUGCUGUGCAGCAAACCGUUGAGGAUCUUCAAACCCAAAUGGUGAUUUUGCGCGACACCAACCGCGUCCUUACACAAUCAUUAGUCGCAAAUCAGCUGAAUGCAAAGGAAUCACAAGAUCGUGCCACAAAACUCAAAGAAGAAGCCGUGCACAAUGAGUAUCGCCAAACGAUUCACGAGCUUGAGACUAGAAACCAACAACUCCUAACUCAAUUGACGGAGAAGGAUCAAUUAAACGAGGCCACUCGUCGAGAGGCCGCUGAAGCAAGGCACCGACUCGCUCAACUUGACGACAAAUUCCACCGCGUCCAAAAAGAUCUGGCGGCAGAGCGCGAACGCUUUGCUGAUCAGCUGGCAGAGUCACAUACACUUCGACAAGCCGCACAAGAAGCAAAAGUUAACGGCAGCCAAUUGGAAGCAAAACUGCAAGAGAGUGAACUUGUGUUCAAAAACACCCGCCAUGAACUGGAAAGUGUACUACGUAAAGUUGAGGGAGAGCUCGAAGUGGCGCGGGACGAAAUUGAUGAUUUGAGGAAAGAGUUGGACGGCACCCGAUCUACAAUGGGCCGAUUGAGGAAAGAGAUGGUCGACAUUCAGACACUCCAAGAGGAACUGGAAAGCUUGAAAAUGGAAAAGCGAAGAGUUGAAGAGGAGCUUGAGUCGCAGCGAACACUGACACAUCGGAGCAACCAGGAAUUGGCCAACCUCAAGAGUUCGUUGACUGGAGAGGAAUUGCUUCAUGAAGAGAUUGAGCGCCUGCGAACGCAGGUAGAGGAAGGAGCCAAGAUGAGAGCGGCUAUUGAGGUUGAAGUUAAAGAGCAUCAGAAUGAAGUGGUUCGAUUAACCAAAAGCCGGGCUGACGUUCAGAGUGAGCUUGAAGCAGCCCGAUCUGAGUCUGGUAAAUUAAAACAAGAGCUUGAUGCGCUUAUUGGCGAGAAAGCGAGCCUAUUGACAGAGUCAAGUGCGAUCCGAGAAACGGAAGUUGCUGCACGGACUGAGGCUGAGACAAUGAGGAAGCAGAUCGAGGAUCUUGAGAGAUUGGAAUCGUCUUUGCGAACAGCGCGGGAUGAAGCUCUUUCUCGCGUGGAUACCCUGGAAAAGGAGAUGGAGCAAGUACGGACGUUGUCAAGCGACAAGAAGGAGAUAACUAUCCUAAAGGCCGCUAAAGUUGACGCUGAAGCGCAAAUUGCUGCACUUGCAAAGCAGCUGCAAGAGUCAACGGAAGCACAGCAUGCUGUUGAACAACAACUGGAGGAAACGCAGACCCGCUUAUGGGGCCUGGACGAACUUUGCAAAUCCACGAUGGGACGACUUAAAGACUCCCUACAAACCACACAUGCCACAAGAGAUGAGAAUGACCGGAUGAAAUCCGAACUGGAUGUUACCAGAAAAGAAUUGGAACGGCUACACUCCUUGGUACAGGAACGCGAUGAGGUGAUCCAAACGCUUCGUCCUCAUUCGGAAAAGAAGGAGAUGCUCCGGACCGUCGCGUCAGACGAUACAUUGGUAGAAACAAGUACCAGCGAAGCAGAAUCUGCGCACUCUGACAAGCCAAACACCACACCCUAUGAAUUCACAUGGGGACACGGCGGCAAAGAUGUGAUUGUCACCGGCACAUUUGACAACUGGUCCCAAAGUGUCCAUCUCACCCCAAGUCCAACGCAUCCUUCCCUCUUUUCAGCGACCGUACCACUCGUCACUGGUGAACGGGUUCUCUACAAGUUUGUUGUCGAUGGGGAGUGGAAGACUGAUCCAGAUCGGGUAUGUGAAGUCCACGAGGGCAUUGUGAACAAUGUGGCGGUUGCCGGACCAACGAUCAAGAAGAAGAAAAAGAAGGGCAAAAAGAAGGGGAGACAAGGGGCGGUGGCUGUUGCUGUAUGCUGAGGAAAUCAAGAGGUGACGAACAUUAGCAAAUUCGGUGUGGACACGACGUGCAAAUAUAUAAAUAAAAUGUACCCAUCCAGCACAACAGAAUCAUUUGGUGGUCAUAAUAAUAUCGGCUUUAGCCGGCCCCUAAUAAUAAUCAAAUUUCUAUUUUUCCUGUUUUUGAGCGCAAGUUAAACACACACAUGUGCUCAUUUGACGAAAAAGGGCUGGUUUAUAGCAUGGAAAGAUGAUGUCCCGCCAGUGUCUCUGACAUAUCCCCUGUGGGCGCCCUACACCUUUUCUGUGAGGGGACUUUGCAAAUGAUCUCCUCGGAUACCUUUUUUACUCAUAGGGAGGUACGCACAGGAGCUCUUUAAUUUCGAUAUUUGGCAAUCGCUUUGUUUAGUGAACUUGAUUGUGUGUUGUUUAAUAUAAAAGUAAUAUCUGGGUCUAUGUGUCAAAAC